AUGAUUUGGGCAGAGUUUACACCUGUGAAUAGAAAACCAGGUGUCAUCAAUGGUAGUUCCAAGGGCGAGAAUAGAAAGGGAGUUGCCAAGAAAUCGACGGAUGGAUCGAGACAAAGAUCCAAGGAGGCACCUCGUUGCUUGCAGCGUGUGGCCAGCCCGGCAGACCGGCGUACUACCGGUCAAAAAACCCUCGAGGAGCUGCCCAACCACGGACCACCAUGGUGUUUACAUGAAGCUCGUGAGACCAUAAAUACCAGCAAAAUGGUGGGCUCUAGCAGCUGGGCUAGAACGGCCCUAGCCGCGACUCGUCCAAGUCGGCCUGGAAAGCGUAGAGCCGCCACCAUGAUCAGGGACGUGUCGGCGUGCAAUACCUACAACUACGGGGACGCCUUCUAUUGGGACACCCGCUACGAGCAAGAAGCGAAUUUCGAUUGGUACCAGCGUUAUUCGGCUCUCCGCCCAUUUAUUCGGAAGUAUAUUUCUCCGAGUUCUCGCGUCCUCAUGGUUGGCUGUGGAAAUGCCGCUAUCUCGGAAGACAUGGUUAAAGACGGGUUUGAAGAUAUAAUGAACAUCGACAUAUCCUCUGUGGCAAUUGAGAUGAUGAGAAACAAACAUGAGCACAUACCUCAAUUGAAGUGUAUCCUUGCGGAAAUGAGUAUUUAUGCUGUAGAAUUUUCAAGGGCUCAUCUUGUGCUGUUUCUUUAUCCAGAUAUGCAAAUGGAUGUUAGGGACAUGAGUUUCUUCCCAGAUGAUUCAUUCGAUAGCAUCAUUGAUAAAGUGUGGUACCGAUGCUCCAACCAGUGCUUCUCAAAUGUUGGGGGAAGUAAGCAGAUAACAUAUGGCGAUCCUUCUGCGCGGAUGCCCCAUAUAAAUCGAAAUGUUUACAACUGGAAAAUUGAACUGUAUAUCUUGCCUAUACCUGGAUUUAAAAGGCCAGCUGGGUCAACUUCUUUGAAGUCACUCAUGGAGCCCGUUCCAAUCACAGAUGAAGGCUUACUUCCUGCAGAUUAUGUUAUUGAAGAUCCUGAUUCUCAUUUCAUUUAUGUCUGUAAAAAGAUAAAUGAGCCAACCGAUUUUGACGAUACAACUUCAAUCCUUUUGCCUGAUGAUGCAAUUCAGAGAUAACAAAUAGAACAAACACGGCUGAGGGAACGGGAAAUGGAGACUCUGGCCUGGUUUAGAUGGGAAAUUAAGGUGCUGAUUGAAUUAAGCAUUUGGAGAAAGAUUAAGCUGUGAUUUAGGUACUCGUGGGUGGCUUUCCCGCCCCACUGGCUCAUGGGGUAGUCGAUUUUCGUUGUGAGUUUAGCAAAAGCCUGGUCAGCGAAAUUUAUGAGCUCGAAAAGAUUUUGGAAAAAUUGCAUGGAAAGAGACUUGGGUGAUUUCGCUAGCUUGACCGUGGUUUCUUUGAGAAAACUCGAUAUUUCGGAUUGAAAAUCAUUCAACGAGGCGAGCGCGGUUUUGGAGUUUUUAUGGUGGCAUCCAAGUUUUUCUGCAAAGAGCACCAUUUUGAAGGUUGUAGUAAUUUGCUUUGGUUCCAAAUGUGUGUGUUUUUGUGGGGGCGUGGUUUUGGUUUUAUUUAUAUAGGCAUCUUUGCCGUAGUUUGGAUUGGAAUGUGGUUAGUCUAGCUUCGGACAAACGCUAGCUAAAUUUAUUAUGGCAUAGGAUCUUAUAUUGUUAAUCAUAUUACAAUAUUGACAAUCUUAUACUAUUCAAGAUACUACAUUAAUUGGAAGUUUAAUACAUACUGCUUUUACCAUUAAUAGUACCAAUGUAAUACUUGUAUGUAUU